GUGCACUUUCUGUUGUAGUCAAACAGCUCCAGAAUCAGUUAACCACAGUUCCAUCUCCUCCCUUGGGUUUUCUUCGAAAUUAAUUUUGAUGCAUCUGUAAAUAGGAAUCAGAGGAAGGGUUCGAUUGCAGCUAUAUACAGAGGUUGUAGAGCGCACCCCUGUGGCUUGUCGUGCAAGCUAGUUCGAGGAAUUGUGUCUCCGCUGGUUUUAGAAAGUAUAGCAUGCAGAUCCAGCUCUUUGUUUGGUCAGUCGAAAGGUUCAAGGAUAUAGUAGUCAAAGGGAGUGAGUGAUGGUGUAUCUAGCAGCUGGUAUGUGGGAACUGGGUAAGUUUGUAUUGUGGAGGGAUUAUAAAUGCUAAACCAAUUAUAACGUGGAUUCUACUAUCAAGGAAAAUUCUGCUAAUGUUCCUAAAGGCCAGUUUGCUGUAUAUUUUGGGAAAGAGAUUUAGUGUUCCAAUAUGGCACUUGAAGCAUCCUUCCUUUGAGAACGUUCUGACACAUAUAAUGGAAUUGUUGCUGCCAGAAUAUGGGUUUCCGUCUACCUGCUAUUCUUCGUGCUAAGCAAAUUCUUCAGAGGUCUUCUUCUGCAAACCAAACAGCUCCAAUAGCCAUGGAUGUGCCAAAGGGCUACCUUGCCGUCUAUGUUGGAGAAAAGCAAAAGAAGCGAUUCGUGAUUCCAGUAUCAUACUUGAACAAACCUUCAUUUCAAGAUUUACUAAUCCAAGCUGAAGAAGAAUUUGGAUAUGAUCAUCCAAUGGGUGGCCUUACAAUUCCCUGCAGUGAAAACAUGUUCAUUGAUUUUAUUUCUUGCUUAAAUUGUUCAUGAGACUUAAACUCUGAACACACAAUUUUGUAAAGAAUAGAGUAGCAUGUACAAUGUACACAAAAGCAUUGGAAUUUAAUCAAUUAUCUUUUUAAUUCUUCAA